AAUAUGUUUGCAACGAAAGUUCAGUGUUAACAAACUUCGUGAACUCACUGUAAAUACUCCAUGCUUGUCGGGCUUCUGUUGUGCAUUGUAAAUAAGUUAUAACUUCCUACUCUUACUUUUAUGGCAUUUACCUCAGGAUAUAUUGAAUAAUUUAGAAAAAUCCUAAAAUUUCUGCCUCAUGGUUUUCAUUAUGGGAAGCAUUCGGAGUAAUGUUUUUCUUCUGCUGACUGUACUUUUAUUUUGGACUAUUCUAAUCACGUCUGCUACACCUGUACUGAAUAGCAUGAAUGAAGACGCACUGGAAGACGUAAAAGAAGAACCACCGAUAAGACUUGAUCUGCCUCCCGAAGUUUAUUUACCACCAAGGCAAAGUAACAGCUGCAGUGAUGCAGGACACCAACAUUACAGUUCCUCCCAGGAAGACAGGGAAGAUGAUUAUGUCAUUUUAGAUACAGAGGACAGAGAAGCAGAGUUUCAGAAUACGAAAGCCAAAGAAGAUCUCAGAGAGCUAUCAAUUGACAAGUUACUUCUUUUCGGAGGAAAUCCAAGCUUUACAGAGACAGGGGAGAGAAUCGUGGAAGGAGACAUAGUGGUUCCAAAAUAUGCAGAUGACCACAAAGAACUUUCCCACCGGAAGGGGACCAUCAAUCUUCUCGCACUCUGGUCACGUGCUACCGUCUAUUACACGCUACAUUAUUCCUUAAACCCCCUCGGGCGCCGAAUGAUAAGGGAAGCUAUGGAACACUGGGAGAAUAUGACCUGUGUCAAGUUCCAGGAAAGAACUACACAGCUGUGGUAUGUGCGCUUCAGAGGUGACAGGAAUGGAUGCUGGUCCUCAAUGGGAAGAAGUUUAUUGCCCCUUAUAGGUCAAGAUCUCUCGAUCGGGAACAGAUGCGAGAAGCGUUAUGUUGUUGUUCACGAAGUAGGUCAUGCUUUGGGCCUUAAUCAUGAACAGUCCAGGCUUGACCGGGACAGGCAUGUCAGAGUUCUCUGGCGCAAUAUAGCCCUAGGUGGCAGACCACAGUUUUGGAGAGGUCUUGACAAUCCUCAUGGUGUUGAAUACGAUCUUACAUCUAUCAUGCAUUAUCAUCCACAAGCAUUCAGCAGUCGAAUGUUUGAAAGGAAUACUGUUGUAAGUCGUAAUCCUCAUCAUCAAAGACUAGUUGGUAAACGGCGGAACGAUUUGAGUUUCAGAGACGCGAAGGUUGUAAAUUCUAUGUAUCGAUGUGACGCUAAGUGUCCAAACCGUGGCCAGUUGCAUUGUGAGAACGGUGGAUAUCUUGGACCUUUCAAAGAAGGAGACGAAGGCCCCUGCCCAUGUGUAUGUCCCCCACACACACGUGGAGAAAGAUGCCAAGAAAUUGUGCGAGGAUAUUAUGAUGAUCCUCCUUGUGGCGGAAAUAUAACUGAUGAGGCCAUUAUUGAGACACCAGGUUUUCCGGAAAGAAAAGAACCUGAAAUGAGUUGCAGCUGGAUAAUAACGGCUCCAAGCAGAAAAGAAGUGGAAGUAGAAUUCUAUGAAUUUAGCUUUCGAGAAAGACUGCAACAGCAGUCAAGUUCAUACUACGGCAGAUGCGUUCAUGAAAGAGUGGAAAUAAGAAAUACGGAUUACUACUCUGGUACAUUCUACUGCGGAACAGAUAUCGAACCAGGAACGAAAAUGACUUCAAAAGGUGGAACAUUUAUUAUUCUUAUAACAGCAGACGAUGAAAUGGAAGGAAAAGGGCUUCGUGCAAGAGUUCGAUUUGUGUAAGAACAUAUUACUUUUCAAAAAAGCGCUACACGAGGAGAAUUACGAAACAAUUCAGUAAAUUGAACAUCAUAUAACUGAAACAAGAUCUGAAAUGGGAAUUUACACAGCAGAUACCUAAUCUGCGCUAAAUGAAAUCUUUUGUUACUAUGAAGAUUUCUACUCCUAGCAAGUCAAAGAGUGAUAAUUCCAAAAUAAUGGACAUUUUAAGUAACAGUUAGUACAAAAGGAAAUGUAUUUAUAAACAAAUAACAUUGUAAAUAAAGUUGGAAUUUCCACUAUCAGUGCA